GCAGUAACAUUGUACAGUAACACGAACAGCGUUGCACCGAAAGCAAGCUCAUUCGUUAAAAUCCUCGACAUCGCGAACGGAGCUAGUGUUUGAAUUGUCGCUCGAGUUCGCGUGACACGAUUACUUCUGAAUAUCGUCGGGAUGUAUUCUUGCACGGAAAUUUAACAGUUUCUGUUAAAAGCGUUAUUUAAGCGGAAGUUAAAAGUUUCCCGUAAGCCUAAACAUUUUUUGAAAUAAAUUACAUUCUGGAAUAAGCCAUAAUAUGGAGAACUCAGCAGCUUGGCUGCUGACCAUCUUCGUGGCGGUCGCUGCCGUUAUAAUCAACGCAUCGCCUACUCCGACAUCACCUACUACGGUUCGUACGAGCGAGGCGGAUGCAAUGACUGGCGAAAUCGUGGAAACGACGCCGAAGAACAAUUUUAUAGAUUACGCUAGACCCUUCACGAAUAUGAAGGACAUACUGAUGCACGAGAUCCAGACUCUAGACAAAGACGCUCUAGACAAAGACGAUGCUAAGAUCCAAGAAGAGGUGGCGAAGACUUUGAAGGCCGAAGCGCAGAGGGACAGUAUAAACUUACGAACGAAGACGACUCCCAAGCCGAGUAAGACGAUUGUAAAACUAAAUUCGAUUCUGGAUCAAGGUGAGGAAUUGAAGAAACUCGAGCCUAUGGGCUACGAGGACGACAAUAGCUACGAGGAUACCGACGACGAUCUCAGCGACGAGGAGUACGAGGAUGAGGAUUCGCGGGUGGACGAUAAUGAAGAAAUCAUGACGGAGUGCCCUGAUUACUGCAAAUGCGUCGGGCAAUACGCGUCUGCAACAACUGCAACGUGCACGAAACUGACGAACGAUCAGUCCUUUGGAUCGAUCGCUCAUUUGCGCAUCGAGAACGCCGGCGAGAUACAAUUGGGCCCGAACGCCCUGCGGGCCCGCGGUCUUCAGCAAUUAGAGUCCAUCACCAUCGUCGACACACGCAUAGUCGAGCUAGAUCGCACAGCCUUCAAUGGUAUCUCGUACCUGUUUGCCGUCAACUUGACACGCAACGGCCUGCAGGACAUCCAUCCGAACACUUUCCAAAACAACACGCAACUCAGCCUGCUCACGAUCGCCGAUAAUCCGCUUAAGCACAUGCACGACUCGAGACCGACGAAGCACUAUCUGCUGCACGCACCCUCGGUCACCGAUUUCGACUUCUCGAACAACGGAAUAUCGCGGUUGAAACGCACCGCCUUCUCCAAGAUGCACAGUCUCAAUUUCAUCAAUCUACGCGGCAACCGGCUAAGAGAAAUCGACAGCACGAUCUUCGACACCCUGGACCAGCUCUUGGAAGUGGACCUAUCGGAUAAUAUCCUAAAUGAAAUCCCCAUCGAUCUGUUUGUUGACAAAGAUGUGCAAAUUCUUCGUGUCGCUGGAAAUAAUCUAUCGACACUUGCCACCAUAAGUUCCUCGAAACUGACGACGCUUGACGCCUCUAGAAAUAAGAUCAAGGCAAUCGGCAAAGAGGAUCUGGAAGGCGUACCAUUAUUGGACCAAUUAUAUGUUAAAACGAAUAAUUUGAAGAGAAUUCACCAGCACGCUUUCAGCAAGCUCGAUCAAUUACAAUAUCUAGAUAUCAGCGAUAACAGGCUCUCCUUGUUAACUGAGCACCAUUUCAAGUUGAAUCCAAGACUGCAGAUUCUGCUGAUGAACGACAACCCCGGUUUGCAAGAACUGCCAGUUUUUAAAACUUACGGCCUGGAACAUAAUACAUUCAGCAUUAUCCGUUUCGAGUGCGCGAACUGCGGCUUGGACAGCAUCAAGCUAGGCACGUUCGACGAAAUGCCAGCGUUGACUCGGCUGAAACUUGCAAAUAAUCGGUUGGCCGACCUGCCCGACGGACUUCUGGACAAUCUUUCGUCUCUUCGAGAAUUGGAUCUGUCCAACAACUUCAUCUCUACCCUCCAACCCAACAUGUUCCGCGGUGCCGUCUCUUUGAAUAAGCUAAUUCUCUCCCGCAAUCCCUUGAGAACACUGCAAGUGACGCCGUUCCUGAGCAUCCCGGGACUCUUCAAGCUGGACGUGAGCCGGUGCAAUCUUGAACGGGUCUGGAGCGAAGCUAGAGUACCGUUGAAGAGCCUUCGGUUCUUGUCGGUUCGCGGUAAUCUUCUACGGCGAAUCACCGUCGAGGAACUUAAGGCCAUGCCGCAUCUCACCAGUCUGGAUUUAACGCACAAUCCCCUGGAUUGUGACUCCGACUUCAGCGAAGCCUUGCAAUGGCUCAACGAUCACGGCGUUGCACCGACAGAAGUACUUGAGCUCGUCAGUGACAAGUUUGAUAUUGAAGAUAAUGAUAAGAUGGAUAUUAGUCAGUGGACAGACUUGGCGAGGAUAGUCUGCGAUGGAAUCGAGGAUGGUCCACCGGGAAGAUCGCUUCCUGGCAAGGGCACACACCGGAAAGAUAUUCUCCUAGAUGUCGAUGUUGUUGAAGACUCCGAUCCUCUAUUGAAAAACGAGCUCGAUAACGAUGAGAAGCUGAAUAUCGAUCACGGCAUGCAGCAUGUCGACGAGCCGCGGCUCAUGGGGGAUCAGGAAUACGACGAGGACUUUGCGGUCACCACGGAAUAUCACACUUGGUACAACUUGAGACCCGGCUUCAAAGUCUGGCUGGUUUCCGGUACCGUUCUGUCUGUUCUGGUGGUCUUCCUGUUGGUAGCGCGCAUCGCCUGCUGCUUGGCGAACAAACGAGGACGGGGUCCUGUGAUCAGGCCACCCCUGAUCCUCCGUCAGGGUCUGGUCGACAACAAGAACUGCGGUUUGGUGUACAAACCCCUGCAGGAGGAAAUAGCCACGCCUCACAUGCCGAAGCGAGGUAGCUUCUACUCGAGCAGCACCUUCCACUACGACAAAAUCGUACCAGAGAGGGUAUAAGAGAACUUGUUUCUUGAUGAAUUGAGUGGCCGGGGCGACCGACCGACGUGAUUGGUCGUGAACGGGCUGUCGAAGAUCAUUUUGCGCCGUUCUCGCGAAUUAAGAAAAGUUCUUCAGACUGUUAUUGGGUCAACGACGAAGCCGAUGAGGAUAAUUAGACAGAACUCCUUCGACCAAUCUAACCAUAUGCCUCAAUCAUGCCUCGACAUAUGAUUUUUUGUUGGCAAAUUGUUGUACAUCGUUUUUAUUAAAGGAGUGUAACUAUGAGCAUUUAAUUCGACUACCUAGAAACGUAUACGACUGAUCGAAACGCAUGUUUCUUCUAGGCUUUGUCAUGUUCUCCAAGUUUCUACAAAACACGUGAUUAAAAAUCGUUGAUAAUUACUAUUAACUCGAAGAUGCCUGAUAGAAGUAAAUAACGAAUAGUCUUACAACGUCUUAGAUAUAUAAACGCAGUACUGUGUUGCAACCAUACAUAAUCGAGUAUUUUUUUGUAAGGAAUAUUGAAAAAUUAUAUUAUUUUUUACAAAAAGUAAAGUUACAUAAAAAUUAUAACAAUGUACUUAUUAUUUGUAAGUCCAAAGCUUUGUAAUAGCUCUAUUCGGUUAAGCAGCCAGUUUUUGAAGCGAGUAAUUGAAGGAAAAGUAGUACUGCUUGGAAGCGUAUUUAAUCAUCAAAUGCUGCAUGUAUAAUCAUUUUACAUGAUGUAACUUAAUAAUAAUAAUACUGCGGAAAUUGGGCAAAAGUAUGUUUAUUGAUGGACGAAUGAGAGAAUUAUAUGUGACAAAUAUUAAAUUUUAUAUGAAACGGAACGAGAGAGUUCACUGUAGGAUGCCCAGUCAUAGUAAUAUAUGCCAACAGUAUCAUAAAACAAUCUUUAACUAUAGUGACAAUAUUCUCAUUCAGCGAGAAGUCGAAAACUUACGUCCAAACUAACAUUUUGUACGUACGUUGCGCCGCUGCACAUGCACGAGCUCUAUUAUGCUAUUAUAUAAAUAAAUAAAUAAAAUAUAUAUAUGUGCUGUAAAUAAUAAA